UGAUCACGGCCUGUUUAAGCAAACAUUAAACAUCUGAGUUACAGCAGUAGCCUGGUAGACGCAAUCAUUUUAAAGCCACAAUUGUGUUUGUUUUUCCCAAGAAAACGCUUAUAAUGAUUUUUUUUUUUAAACCAAUGCGCUAUAGUUAAAAUCCGGCUGAUGACCUUUCACCUUUUCCCAGUGUUUGUUAGCAGUAAUGGACGGAAGACAUGACCCUCCUUGUAGCAGAACAGGCCGCAUGAGUUCAACAAAGCAGCUCACUUUCGCAACAACAGUGACCGAGGUGAAGGCGGAAGGUGAACCCAAGCUACACAACCUCCCAACAGGUGUGAUGGCAGUCGGAAGGUUGAUGACUGCAAACACGUGGCUUUAGGGGUGCAAGCGCUGCUCGGGCCGGCACCAUGCAGCAAAAGGGAGCAAUCCAAAUUAUCGAAUGGGAGGACCUGGACAAGAGGAAGUUCUACUCCCUGGGGGUGUUCAUGACCUUAACCACCAGGGCCACGGUAUACCCGGCCAGCGUCAUCCGUACUCGUCUCCAGGUGCAGAAGGGGAAGGCCCUCUACACCGGCACUUUGGAUGCUUUUUGCAAGAUCCUGCGAGCAGAGGGCGUGCAAGGACUCUACCGUGGCUUCAUGGUCAACACGUUCACACUGAUCUCAGGACAGGCUUAUAUCACCACCUACGAAUUAGUGCGCAAAUAUGUGUCCCAGUAUUCCCCCAGUAACACGGUGAAGUCAGUGGUUGCAGGAGGGGCAGCCUCCCUGGUGGCACAGACCAUCACUGUGCCCAUAGACGUGGUGUCCCAGCAUCUGAUGAUGCAAGGACAGGGGGAACACCUCACUCGCUUUAAGGCCAAACCCAAAAUGGUGAUCGCAGCGUCUAAGCGCAGACUAACUUUCGGGCAAACCCGUGACAUUACGGUGCAGAUAUUUGCAGCUGACGGUUUCAGGGGAUUUUACAGGGGCUACGUGGCAUCGCUACUCACGUACAUCCCAAACAGUGCACUCUGGUGGCCUUUUUAUCAUUUUUACGCAGAGCAGCUGUCCUUGAUGGCACCCAAUGACUGCCCUCACCUGCUUCUGCAGGCUGUGGCCGGACCAAUGGCAGCAGCAACAGCCUCUACCAUCACCAACCCAAUGGAUGUUGUCCGAGCAAGAGUCCAGGUGGAGGGACGAUCGUCCGUCAUCGAGACGUUCAAGCAGCUGCUGGCGGAGGAGGGCGUCUACGGGAUGACUAAGGGUCUGUCGGCCCGCAUCAUUUCCUCCACGCCCACGUCGGUGCUCAUCGUGGUGGGAUACGAGACUCUGAAGAGACUGAGCCUGCGUGCUGAGCUGGUGGACUCCAGACACUGGUGAGAGGGCCAUAGGAGCCUCACGCCAGGCUUUUACCUCAUCACAGCCUGGCAGGAGAUAAAGACCCUGAUCUGUCUGUCAGCUCUCUGUGCAGCUGCUCAAACAUGCCUUUUAAGAACAGUUGUUUUUUUUUAAAUGCAGGUAUGAAGAUGCAGCAGAGUGCAGGUGCUAUUGUUUGUCUUUAGGUUCACUUGGGAGUCACAGGUCAUAUAAACUUGUUUGUUUGUCUCACCUGUUUCUUCUGGCCUUUAUCUGUGUAAAUGAUUACUGUGAAAGCUGGAAAAUACAAGUGAAAACAAAAUGCCACAUUUUGCCAAAAAUAAUUAAAAAACCAUGACAUCUGUUUUUUAAAUUUAAUUGAAAUGAAAGUAAGGUGCCCCUGAAAGGACAGUAGACAACUGGAUGAAUGGCUCCAAUUAAUUUUUAUGACAUGAUAUGCAGCAGGACAUGGAUUUUAUGCUUUUCAGUAUCAUGUAAUUUUUUUCUAAGCUUUUGGACUAUCGAUGAACGUCCUGAGCUUACUUUCCCAGCUGGAUCAGUUUUUAAAAUGGAGCUACCAGUACUUGGCAGUAAAUUGUAAUGUGUGUUUUAAGAGAAUUUGCGGCUAAUUCUCUUUCAAUGUGCCAAAAUCUGGAUACACAACUGCCUUGCUUCUGCUUUUUUGAGCACAUAAAAGAGCAGAAUAGCUUGAUAUGAGUGCAUUCCAGUGAAAAGAAAUUUAAAAAUGUGGGCGUCUGCAACAUCUGCAAAGACUCUGGCCUUUUGUGAUGGCCCACCAGAAGAGAUAAUGAUAUGUAUUGUGCUUUAAUGUAUUUAAUUGGCUGGUCAAUGGUACUGGAAAAUGAAAUGCUAAAAAGUCAGAAGCUGAUUUUUUCUUUUUUCUUUUUUUUUCUUUCAAAUAUCCUUGAACUGAUGGACUGUUUCAGGACAUGAUAAAUGUAUUUCUAGAGAUGUUUGUGAAACCAGGCCCAGGUUUGUGUAGUUGGAUCGAAAGUCUUUGUGACGUAGCUGUCCUGGUGAUUUAUUUUCCAGCAGCGUGCAGGUAUACGAGGAAUUCUGUGUACAGUAUCGGUGAGUUAACUGGGCCAAUCUGGCAGUUGUUUCUGCAUUUUUUUAAUAUCUUGAUGUUGCUGUAAAGUGACUGUACGAAACAAAGUGGAUCUUGACGAAAGAAGAAAAGAGGUGACACUGCAAGAGGCUUAAACUCAGCAUUACAGGCCUUCUCACAAUCAUCUAGUUUUAUAUCAGGGUGUGCAUUCUGUCUCUGAAGGUGGGAAUCCAAUGCUUAUUGGGCCACUUCUACCGUUGAUCAUUGUGUUGUGUCCUGUGCAUUAUUUUGAUAUAUUUUUGGAUCAUAUCUUCGAUCGUUUUAUUACAGGGCACACACCUUUAACCACUGGGCCAUUUUGCUGUUAAGUUAAAGCUAACAAAAAGGCAGCAGUAACACCAGCAGACUAAACUACAACCCCAAAUAUGCCUUUUUUUGAGUGAGAGCUGUCACUCACAAGGCUACUGUCACUGUUAGCAGGCAGAGAGGCGUGCAAGUGCACCAGCGUCUACUGCCAGAAGCACACCUCAGAGGUUUGACAUUCGGUGUCCUUUUCUUUUAUAAACCGUCAAAUGUUUUCGUGUUUACAAACAUCACUCAGUUUGUACAACACAAUAUUCACGCGAGUAAGCGAUGGACUCGACGUUUCCUGCACAAUUACUGGAAAUCAAAUGGACCUUUUUUGCCUGUAUGGAGGAAGUUGUGUUUUUUGGGCGACACCUAAAAAUAAAAAACGGCCUACCGUGUGUGUAUUAAAGAGUACAGUUUGAUGUGUUUUAAACAUUGAGAACCUGUGAAUCUAUGAAAAAAAUAAAGACUUCUGAAUCACU